AUGGCGCAGUGGAUUCGACGUUGGGUGUCGCAGAACCGUCGGCGAUUCACCGAGGACGGCUUCGACUUGGACCUGUGCUAUGUGACGGACCGCAUCAUCGCAAUGGGCUUUCCGGGGGAGGGUCCGCAAGGUCUGCUGCGGAACCCGAUGUCUGAGACCGUGAAGCUGCUUCAGAUGAGGCAUGCUGGGCACUACAAAGUCUACAAUCUGUGCAAAGAGCUCACAUACGAGCCGGAGAAGGUGGAAGGCUUGUACGCUCAUUUCCCUUUUGAAGACCACCAGACUCCUCCACUAAGCCUUGUGAAACUCUUCUGUGAGGAUGCUGAACAAUACCUUUCAGAAGAUCCGGACAAUGUCAUCGUUGUGCACUGCAAAGCUGGCAAGGGAAGGACAGGGAUAAUGGUGUGCUCAUACCUUGUUUACAAGAGGCUGUGCUGCAGCGCAGAAGAAGCCAUGUCCCUGUUUGGAGAAAAGCGAACAGUUAACAACAAAGGAGUGACAAUACCAAGUCAACGAAGGUACAUCGAAUAUUUUUACAGGGUGUGGAAGGAUGGUUUGCAUCUGCCUCAACCAAAGGCGCUGCGAUUGAUGUCCUUGAGGGUGUCCGGUCUUCCGAAGGCAGUAACCCAGAAGCUCCUGGUGAAGGUAUCAGUCCGUGACCCAGCGGACAAUGAAAUGCGACCUGUGGGGGUUAUCUGGGAGCCCCCUUCUCUGAAGAGGGGGCUUGGGUGCAAGGCCAGCUGUCUGCACCCUGAUGUAGGAUCCAGCACGUGCGCAGACAGCUAUCAGGUAUUCAGCCACGGCGAGGAUUUUCAAGUGGAUUUUGAGUGUGAAGCGGGCCAAGGAGACCUGUGGACUGUGGAAGGAGACUUGAAACUGCAGUUUUUUGAGGGUUCGGCGACAAACGGCCGAAGCCUAUUUUAUGCCUGGGUAAAUACCGCUUUUGUUUCUGAUCGAGUCGUUCUGGAAAGGCCAGAACUGGAUAAGGUGCGGAGCUGGAUACCCGAUGAUGUUCAGCUGGAGGUCCAGUUCUCCACCAACGUGGAGGGCAGUGUGGCUAGCAGGGAGCCAACGAACGAUUGGAUUGAGUCAGAGCCCGAGGAGUUAGUUAACGGUGACGAUGGAGGGGCAUCUUUCUCUCCCAAGCAUUUUGACUGGCAAAUGGAGAGCUGGUGUCUGGCGACGAGGCCAGAUAGCCCACAAGAAGCUGCGCAGGUGGAGCUUGUCACAUUUGGGAAACGCAGUCAACCAAAACGCGAAGCUUUCAGCAUUGACCAUCCCACUGGCCAUGCGCGUCCUCAUAGGAGACUGACCUCAGCCAGGCACCUCCUCGUGCGCGAUUGCCGCCUUGCGCUGCCGGAGACGCGCUCGGCGUGA